AUGGGCUUUCCCGUAGGUUAUACAGAGGUGUUUCUCCCGAAGCUCUUCGUACAAACGCUAACGAUCCUCAAUUUCAUCAGAACCAUCGUCUUCUCUCUCUUCCGCUUCUUAGGCCUCUCCGACUUCCUCGAAAUGGAUCAAAACUGGCCCGACUACACAUCUUACCCGACCCGAAUACCCGAAAUCCGCUCUCCCUUCUCCGCCCUCUUAAUCCGCGAGAUCUUACCGGUCAUCAAAUUCGAAGAGCUGACGAACUCCGGCGAAGAUCUUCCGGAGAGCUGCGCCGUCUGUCUCUACGAGUUCGAAGGAGAGCAAGAGAUCCGGUGGCUGAGAAAUUGCAAACAUAUAUUCCACCGGAGCUGUGUCGACCGUUGGAUGGAUCACGAUCAGAAGACGUGUCCUCUUUGUAGAACACCGUUCGUUCCGGAUGAGAUGCAGGAAGAGUUUAAUCAACGGCUAUGGGCUGCUUCUGGUGUUCAUGAUUUUCACAGUGACUACAGUCCCGUCGCGGAAUUAUAG